UUGUGUUAGCUGUUUUUCGGGUUUCAGGAAGUGGGGAAGGGGUGUCUUCUCUCUGUCCCUGAGGGUCUUCUUUUGGCAGUUGCCUCUCCUGGAACUAUGGGAGACUAUUUCUCCCUGUCACACCCCCCGAAACACCUCAGAAUCCUGAAGAAACUGCAGUACACAGGGCUAUUCCUCUCAUUACUCUAUCUCCUAAUGACC